AUGUCUAACACCACAGGACCUCACUCGCUGCUCUUGACCUCCCCCAACCUCCCUCCCGUCUCCGAGACGGAAGCCAAAGUGUGGUAUUAUGGCCUGCCCUCCCGCCCAAAAUUAAUCGCACGCACCGGCAGCGUUCUGUUUGCACUCCUCCCAAGCUUUGACGCAGGCUACCCAGAUUACCCUGAAACCAAGGAGAUCCGCAUCGUAGGCGAGCACAAGAUCCAGGAUGUCUGGGAGGACGGGCUAGCUUCCAAGAUCCACGCUCUGCUUGAUGAAAAACAGGUAGAUUGGACGAGCACGGACGUCGUUCGGAUAGCGGCUGUCGAGAGAUGGAAGGACCUGAGGAGUAGCGUUGUUUUGUGGAUUGGUGUUGUUCCUGAGUCGUUGUCGUAUGAGAGGGGUGUAGAUGUUGCGUUGAGGUGUCAGAGGGUUUUGGUGGAUGAUUAUGGGAUUGAGGAUGUGGAUGUUGAGAUACGGACGUCGAGCGUUGUGAAGGCGGCCGAUGCUAGGCCGAGGUUGUUUGAGCCUGCGUCAUGUCGGGAGGAUAAUGAGAAGAGGUUGGAGGUUAUGGAGCCGCUUGCUUAUACGCUUGGGAUACAAAUUUGUGGGAGGGAUACGCAGGAGGUGGAGGGAACUGCAGGUUUUUUCCUCAACGAGAAGGGCGAGGGCGAUGGGGGGAGGCUCUUGCUCGUGACUGCGCGGCAUGUUGUUCUCCCUGAUCUAGAUGACGACGAAGGCUUCGAGCACAAGGAGGAUCCGGAGGAAAGGAAGCAGUGCGAUGUUUUGGUGCUCAACGACGCGUCGUUCAAGAAACACGUUGCAGCUGUUGAGCAGGCGAUCUGGCUGAGAGAUAGGAGCGUCGACUACUCUAAAAGAGAUCUUGCGAGUAUGCUGAACGAAACCGGUGAGCGGGCGGAGGAAAGACGGAAGGCCACGCAGAAGGAGGGGGAACAAGCGGAGAAGGCGGCAGACCUGUUGACGGACUAUCGUGUGGAGGUCUUGCAGCAUUGGGCGAUCAGUGAAGACAAUCGUGUCUUGGGGCAUGUGAUCUACUCUCCGCCUAUGGACGUGGAUCCUACUUCGGGGUAUGCCCGAGACGUUGCUGUUAUUGCUGUCGAUCCGGACAAGGUGGACCCAGCUAGUUUCCCGGGAAAUAUGAUAGACUUGGGGGGCGAGCACAGCCGUAUUGAUCUUAGGUUGAUGAUGCCGCGCAACCCCAAGAACGUGCACCCAUUUUCCAUCCUGUUCUCCCGCCAGUUGGGUUUAAGGGGGAUCGUUCCGGACGAAGAGAUGCGCAAUCCUGUUGAUUACGAUGAAGACGGCAAUCCAUGCAUCGCCGUCCUUAUGCGAGGUGCCACCUCGGGGUUCAAGAUCGGUCACGCGAAUAGCAUCUUUUCCUACACCCGUGAUGAUAAAGGGCGGGUUUCCAAGCAGUGGCCUAUUCUGCCUAUACCGAAGGCGAAGUUACGGAAUAAUAGCUAUGAUCACCUGCGUACUACGUUUGGGAAGGUGGGUGAUUCGGGGGCGGUGGUUGUUGAUGCUGUAGGAAGGGUUGGCGGGAUUGUGGCGUGCGGUGCGGGUGAUAGGAAGUGCGAGUUCGAUCUUACCUAUGUUACACCUGUCGGAGCUGUGCUGGAUUUUGUAAAGACUGGUAAGGGGCUUGAGGGGGUGAAGAUGAGGGAGGGCCCGGAUGAGAAAACAUUGGAAGAGCAAUUUUUUAGGAAGAGAUAG